GCCUCUUACCGAAAAGAUGUGGGAUUUUUGCCAAGCUGGUAUGGAAGCUAUAUAAAGAGAUGUUGCUGGUGUAUCAGUUUGCAUCCGACUAACACAGUAAUAUUCUGAGAACUAGCACAGAAUCAAGUCAUGCUGCUGUUGCUGAUAUUAGCGUUGUCCUCGCUUGUCCACUCGGCUCCUAUCAUUAACACGUCCCUGCCUCUGGACUGUGAAGAUGUUUACAAUUUCAAGAUAAGCAAAAUGAUCAACGCCUCUGUUCCCAAUGGAGUGUACACCAUUUACCCGGCAGGGUCUAAUAAACCUCUGAAGGUGUACUGUGAUAUGGGCUGCCUGGAAGAUGGUAGACACCAGGAUGAGAAGUGGACAGUGAUUCAGAGGAGAAUCAACGGCAAUUUGAGUUUCUAUCGACCAUGGGCACAGUAUAAGGAAGGGUUUGGUGAUCCCGCUGGUGAAUACUGGCUAGGACUGGAGAACAUGUACAUUAUGACCAACACGGAGAAGUAUCAGCUGAGAGUGGAUAUGAUGGAUUUUGAGAAAGGCAGUGCCUAUGCCCAGUACACUACAUUCUCUGUCAACCAAGAGUCCACUAACUACAUGUUAAAUAUCGGAGGCUACAUCAAUGGAGGAGCAGGUGAUUCUUUGUCCUAUGUGAAUGGAAGAGGUUUUGCAACCUUUAACAAAGAAAUUUAUGGAACCUGUGCAGAGACUUAUUCUGGAGGAUUCUGGUACAACUGGUGGCCAUGCCUCUAUGCCAACCCCAAUGGCCUGUACAAAUAUGGGAAUGUGGGCACAGCAUACACAGGGAUCAUAUGGCAGACCUGGAGGGGUUACAGCUACUCUCUGAAGACCAUUGUGAUGAAGAUCAGACGAACAAAUCUGGAAGAUCUCACAACCCCUUAGUUUUCCAGAUCUAGAAAGCUAGACUAGUAGAAUAGGGAGAAAUCUCUGAAUGCUACUGGUGAUGGAUUUUCAGUAAAAUGGCAAGAUCUUCUUACCCAUUAAUCCUAAUCUUUAAUAUUUGGGUUUAUCCUGUGGUACAUACCCCUGUAAUAUCCUUCAUUUUCUGCUGUAUUAGUUUCCUUAAGUAAAGAAAUAGGUAGAGGAUUCUGCAUAUUUUAGUUUAAUUAAAAAGUUCUUUGUUCUUAACAAUUUCUCACUUCCUUUGCACCUCUUAUAAGUAAUGAAAAUCCAAUAUAUUAUGAUUAA